AUGACGGACGUCGUCAUCGUGAAAGAGGGGUGGCUGCACAAGCGAGGUGAGUACAUCAAGACCUGGCGGCCGCGAUACUUCUUAUUGAAGAGCGACGGUACGUUCAUCGGCUAUAAGGAGAGACCGCAGGACGUCGAUCAAUUGGAGACCCCGUUAAAUAACUUCUCUGUAGCACAAUGUCAGCUGAUGACCAACACAUUCAUCAUCCGCUGUCUGCAGUGGACCACUGUCAUCGAACGCACCUUCCAUGUGGACACCCCCGAAGAAAGGGAGGAGUGGACCAAAGCCAUCCAGACCGUGGCGGACAGCCUGCAGAGGCAGGAGGAGGAGAUGAUGGACUCAUCUCCUGACCCCAUGGACAUGGAGAUGUAUCUGACCAAACCUCGACUCAAAGUGACUAUGCAUGACUUUGAAUACCUCAAACUCUUGGGAAAAGGCACUUUUGGCAAAGUGAUCCUGGUGAAGGAGAAGGCCACAGGACGCUACUACGCCAUGAAGAUCCUGAAGAAGGAAGUGAUCGUGGCAAAAGAUGAAGUUGCACACACGCUGACGGAGAACCGCGUGCUGCAGAACUCCAAGCACCCCUUCCUGACGGGACUGAAGUACUCCUUCCAAACCCAUGACCGCUUGUGUUUCGUCAUGGAGUAUGCAAACGGUGGAGAGCUCUUCUUCCACCUCUCUCGGGAUCGCGUCUUCUCCGAGGAGCGUGCUUGUUUCUAUGGAGCGGAGAUCGUCUCGGCGCUGGACUACCUGCACUCGGAGCGUAAUGUGGUCUACAGGGACCUGAAGCUGGAAAACCUCAUGCUGGACAAGGACGGCCAUAUCAAAAUCACGGACUUCGGCCUGUGCAAAGAGGGCAUCACAGACGGGGCCACCAUGAAGACCUUUUGUGGCACUCCCGAAUACCUAGCACCAGAGGUGCUGGAGGACAAUGACUACGGCAGGGCGGUGGACUGGUGGGGUCUAGGUGUGGUCAUGUACGAGAUGAUGUGCGGCCGGCUGCCCUUCUACAACCAGGACCACGAGAAGCUGUUCGAGCUCAUUCUCAUGGAGGAGAUCCGGUUCCCCCGCACGCUGGGCCCCGAGGGCCGAUCCCUGCUCUCUGGGCUGCUCAAGAAGGACCCCAAGCAGAGGUUAGGAGGGGGCCCCGACGAUGCCAAGGAGAUCAUGCAGCAUAAGUUCUUUGCCGGGAUCGUCUGGCAGGAUGUUUAUGAGAAGAAGCUGGUGCCCCCCUUUAAACCCCAGGUCACCUCAGAGACAGACACACGGUAUUUCGACGAGGAGUUCACAGGUCAGACCAUCACCAUCACUCCCCCGGGACAAGAUGAAAACAUGGAGUCAUUCGACAGUGAAAGGAGACCACACUUCCCACAGUUCUCCUACUCUGCCAGUGGAACAGCCUAAAGGCCAUCUCCACGCACCCCCACCCCCGUUAAUUCCACCAAUGGAACAGCCCAACAGCCUUCCCUUCUGUUUGUCCCCCCCUCCCGUACCGCCAGUGGAACAGCCCAGAUGCCCUCUCCUCACCCCCCGCCUUUCCACAAGUGGAACAGCCCAGAGGCCCUCUGCUCUCCUCACCUUCCUCCCAGCCCCCACCACCCAUAAACUCACCUGUUCCCCCCACUAUUAUCCAGGCUGGGGCCUGUCUUACCUUUUGUGCUUUUUGUUUUGUUUUCUUUCCUAUUACCAUACAGACGCCGCCCCUGCAGUUUCGGGUGUCCCCUUAUUUGGGGGUGGGGGGGGGGGGGAACUGAGCACUCGGAUAUUUCUGUGGCCUUUAAAGACCAUCUUUGGGUAAAGUUUACAAGCAGCAACACUACAGCGUAUUCGCCUCACAUCGCCACCAAGCGGCCCUGUUCGGACCUGGCCACGUUCCGUUCAGGCUUCUGUGAGCUCGAAGUCCGCCUGCGUCGUCUCCAGCAUGGAACGAUCCAGACUGCAGGUUGCACCUACAAACAAGCCUCAUCCAUUUCGCUGUUCGUGAUUUUAGAGACCGACCUCCUGGACCAAAUCCAAGAUUAUAUGUGUGUUCGGGCCUCGAAGCUGUACACCAUCACCUUAUGGAUCUACCCCCCCCCCCCCAUUUU